UUAAUGGCAUUGACUGCCCUCCACCGCUCGGCAUCGAGCCGCUCCCCCGAGCUUCCCACCCACCACUCGGCAUUUGCAUCGGGUUCUCUCGAAGCCCGUCCACCUCCGCAGUCUCUCCUCAUCCCCAACCACAACGCAACCUAGAUGACAGGCGAGAGGCGAGGAGUUCGGGUGCGGCGACUCCGCUUGGCGAUGGUGUCGCCGCCGAGGACGUAGGCGGCUCGCACACCAGUGGCGCUGCUCCCGCCUGCAGUGCUUCACUCACCGGAGGCGCGUGAGGAGAUGUUGCGGAUUGUUCGAGGGAGAUUCCCAGAUCGGAUGCGGUGGCCAGGGGUUAUGGUGGAGAUAGUCCGCAUGGCGUCGUUUGCGGAGAGGGCUCGCUUCUGCGGGGACGAAGGAGGUAUGGACCACGAACUCAUCUACUGGGCGAUGAGGGAGGCGGAGUCGACGGAUCCGACGCUGGCGGCGAAGUGGAGCCGGUUCAAGAUGGCUACGCCAUUCCGCCUCAACAUCAACUCGCCGCCGAUACUGGAGCUGUCGCAGAUCCCGUCUGCGGCGCUGCCGGGGGGGGGGGGGUCGACCCUCCCCAAGCCUGUUGAACCCUCUCUUAACCAUCCGUAUUGUUCUCGUUUUGUGCCUGGAUCACAGGAAAGGGAAUUUUCCCUUGUGGUGCUAGUUUAUGUGUGAAUAAGGAGAAUGAUCAUCUGAUCAGUGCGCGGGAUUCGGCCGUGGAAAGGGAUGGAGUUUCUACUCCUCCUGUAGUACUGCAGUAUAGGAUUGGGGGAUUAGUAGAAGACCCUUUGGUCUGUAGUAGUAAUAGUAGAGAUUCUACGCAUAAUGUCGAUUUUACUGGUGAGAAAGGUCGACUAGAAGGUGAUGGAGUUGACCUGGGUCUGUCAGAUGAUCUUGACAUGGUGGUAAAGUGUAAUAUGGACAGUACUGCUACUGUUCAUAUAUACUCAGUUCAGACAGAUAAUGAAAUGGAGAAGGACCUGGUUUCUAAAAUAGAGAAUGUGCCUCUGUAUGCUGGAGUAGGGGUUGAGAGGAAGGUAAUUAGGGCUCCUGUUUCUAUGUCAGAGAAGGAUGAGAUGGUGGAAUAUUAUGGCAGAGAUGAGUUACAGAGAAGAGGUGGUUGUAGUACCCCAGAUGUGGAAUCCAAUAAAAUUAGGAAUGCUAUUAUGCAGGUUCAGGGGUUUCCCCCAGGUGAUGGGAAUACAGUUCAGGAAGGAAACAAAUUGAUUAUGGUUCAUGUGGGUUAUUUAUCAGAAGCUGUUCCUACUAAAGCCAGUGUGUGUUUUGAUGAGAAGGGAGAGGGAUCUUCUGAUCGUCUAUCAGAACAUAAUAGAAGAAUUAGGUAUUAUGAUCAAGGAUUCCCUCCUUUGGAGAAGUUACUUCCCCAGAACAAAAUGAGGUUGGGUCAAGGAGAUUCUGGAAGUAAGAGAAAAGGAGAUAUACUAUGCCCAACUUUAGGAAAAAUGGAUGGAGUAUCUGUUCCUGUGUCUAACUUUUUUGUAGAUAAAGUAGAGAUGAUUCCCUCUCGGGAAAUUCCAAACAUACCCUCAGGCCCAGGGUACUUUGGGCAUUCCAUAGUCCCUACCCCCUUUAUUAAUGGGCAUGUGGUCAGGAAGAGACCUUAUGGGAAGGCAUAUUCUCUUUUGAGAAACGACUCUGAGGAGGUGGCUGAGGACUUUUUUGGCCAACUAUGGGUUAUCCCUUCCACUGGCCGUGAAUAUAAAAAGCCUCCCCUCCUCCUCCCCCACCGAACCCUAAUACUUUUCCUUCCCUCUUCUGGAUCAAGAAGGAUCUCUUCAGAUCCAGGAAAUUUUCCAGAGAGGAUUGCUUCCCUGUGGAGUUCCCUGGUCGAUUUGACCCUAUCCCCACCUCAUUUAGGGUAGCUGUGGAAGGGAUCGGGCAAGGAUCCUUGUCCUUUGCUGAAGUGGUCAAGGGGAAGAUGGAGAUCGGCCGACCACAGCAAAGACCCCCUCGUCGGCAACCUCCCAAGAAGUCUGUUCCUGUGCAAGGAGGGCAGGUUCCCAAUCGGCCUCCUCCCCCUGGUGAUGUGAAGACCCAAUCCACAAACAAGGGGGGAGGAGGAGGGAGUGCUGGAUCUGGAGGGAGACAGAUCCCUGUACCUGCUCCUGCUCCUGCUGCAGUUCCUCAGAUCCCUGUUGUUCAACCUGUGGAUCCCAGGUAUAAAGAGAUGAUCUGUUUCAACUGUAGUUGGCCAGGGCACUAUGUGGGGAACUGCAUUGAGGCCAAAAAAUGUUUCAUAUGUGCUGGUGGGCAUAAUGUUAAUAAUUGUGCUGCCUGGGCCAAACCCCAACCCACUGCCACUUAUUUUGGUAGUGCUGCUGCUGGUUUAGGAUUUUAUCAUAUUGAUAUUCCAGUUGCUACUGAAUCAAGCUCGUUGAAUUACAAAAAUUGUGCUAUGCUUAAGGUGAUCAAAGGAGAGGUUUCUACCUCAGAGCUGUUGACUCAGUUAAAUGGUAUAUUCUGCAAGAACAAAGAAUGGCCAUGGCAGAUCAGGGAAUUAGAGGAGAAGAAGUUUCUUUUAAGAUUCCCUCCUUGGAAAAAUGUUAAUGAUUUGAUUGAGUUCCCUGCUUUUGAGCUGCCCAUAGAUGGAGUGUCUGUAAAAAUCUGUGAAUGGCAAGGUAUGUUAGAUCCAUUUGGAGAGUUGACAGAGGCUUGGGUACAAAUAGAAGGGAUUCCCCCCAAGUGGUGUGCAUGGAAGGUGUUUGCUCAAGUGGCUGCCUGCUUUGGGAUUCUGGUAGAUGUUGAUUGGAAUGGGAUAUUCAAAAGUUUCUAUGAGGUGGUAAGGAUCAAAGUAGCCUGUAGAGAUCCCAAGAAAAUCCCUUUUGAGAGAUUAGUGGAGAUGAAAAAGAAGCUGUACAUCCUGUUUUUUACUGUAGAAGGUUUUGAUCAGAUUGGGGAAGAGACUGAUGGUGAUGAUGUAGACCCUGAUGAGGAUAAUCAAGAGAUUGAGGAUGAGGAACCGAAAAAGAGAGAUAAUGGAGAUGAUCUGGAAGAUGAAGGGGAUGAGGAAGCUAUUGAUGAGAUUGACAAAGCUAACUUCUCUUCCAAGCAUAUGGAAACUGGGAGCAGUAGCAAAAAUCAGAUGAUGGCUGUUUCUGCAGCAGAUAUCCACCCUCACAGUCUGAUGGAUGAAGUUCAUGAGGAGUUUGUGGAUGAAGUCAAAGAUAAAACUACAGAAGAUAAAAGGUGGGAUAUGGUGACUGAUGGGGAAAAGGAAAUGGAGUUGGAAAUGGAAUCUCGCAAAAGUAACAUGAUGAUGGAUAUGUCAGCUCACCUGGAUUACUGUUCUGAGCAGUUGCAGAAAAUAGAGAUGUUGGAAUCUAAUGAAGAAGAGGAAGGGGUCCUACCUUAGAUGCAGUGCUUGCCUAAGGAAAUGACUACUAUAUUGGGAUCAACUAAAAGGUCUCUGCUGGACACACUUGAAAAAGAGGCCGGAUUGAAGAAAAAGAACAACUCUACCAAGGAAGGGAAAUGGGGUCGUGUUCUCAACAAUAAACCAAACACUAGGGGGCAUGGAGGGAUUAAAAUCAUGGACAAAGCUGCUGCUUACAUGCUGAAAAAGAAUUUGGAGGUGCCCAAGACUUUUAAAAGGGCGUAUUUGGAGAAAUUUCAAUUGCAUUCUUGCAAAGCUGGGGGUUCAUCUCGAUGAAUGGAAGAUCUUGCUCUCUGGUGCUCAGGCGGAGCUACUCCGAGGCUUCAUCAGGCAGUUGGACAAGCGGCACGGGGAUCUCCUUCGUAUUGCUUGGAGAUGAACAUGGAGGGGCAGGAUUAGGAUUUUAUCUAGCCUUUCUCAAGAGGAGUGCUUUUAAAAAACCCAGAAUUGUUGGUCAUUUUGGCCUGUAAUAAUUUCUAGCGUACUUAUGUUGCUUACGGAGGUUUUAGGCUGCUGGUAGUUUGAUCUUCUUUUGCUUUUGUUCCGGAUCUAUGCUUGCUUCAUAUCUAAUAAAAUGGAGCA